UUUCCGGAUGCUGGGUCAUGGAAUCGGUUGUAUGAUGCGUAAGUCUCCUUGUCUAAGCGUUGGUUAAGGGGAGGGUUGCUGACGUUUCAUAGCAUUGUGCAACAUCAAGAUGUGAAGUUUACCGUCAUCAACCCCGACAAUGGGCCAGGAAAUGGCACGCGGCCAUGCACGGAGUACAUUGACGUUCUCAACGCCUUGGAAGUCUACCCUCACGUACAGACUCGGCUAUAUCCGCACCAAUCGCGGAACCGGCGACAAUGCCACCGUUCGUGCUGAGAUAGCGACCUACAGCGGCUGGUCGAAGUUCAGGAUCUCAGACUUAACGGUAUCUUAUUUGACCAGACACCACACAAGGACGAGGGAAAUGCGAGCGAGUAUCUCAGGAACAUCAGUGCUACGGUGCGGCACUCCGAUGGGUUCUUGGAGCCGAAGUUGGUGGUGCACAAUCCAGGUCGUGUGCCAGACGUCGGACUGGUGCGUUACAGGACCGACAGAUAGUCGUGUUUGAAGGUACAUAUGCGGAUUUGCCAGGCUGCGAGCACCUGAAGAUUAGCGUAAAGGAGCUGGAGCUGCACAGUCUGCACAGGCAGAACUUUGGGAUGCUGGUACAUUCGACGCUCUCAAACACUGGCAAUGUACGCCUGCG